CUUAUCGGAUGAUGUCUUAUAUAAGCAUUUUCAGAUAAGAUAAGAACUAUACCCCUACUGAGAAGUGGGGCCUCGGCUCCAUGACUAACUGAUUCGCGAUAUCGGCCGCCUAUCGCAACAGCUCCCAACUGAGUCGCGCCUGACACCUGUGACACACAGUUCCCAAACCUCAUCCCAUUCUCAUCUCAGCAUCACAAGGUUUGGGCCAAGAAACAGAGAAUACGUGCACAAAAACACAAUGGCUGGAGCUCGCCGACUUCAAUUGGCCGGACUGGCCGUGCUGGGUGGCGCGGCCGCCCUGCAGAUGCAGAUGCAAGCGCAGGUCCCUGGCCAGCAAGCACCGAUGAUUGCCGACGAAGUGCCUCUCGUCUCAACCUCUCCCUCGACCGCGUCCUCGUAUUCGUCCUCGUCCUCCUCCAAGAAACCUUUGGUCGAGACCAAGGCUCUCCAAGAUACCAUCAGCGCCGAAAACCUCCUCUCGCGUGCGAAGGAGCUCUAUGAGAUUGCCAAGCUGGGAGAGGAAGAGUACAACCAUCCCACUCGCGUCAUUGGCAGCGAUGGUCAUGCUGGAACUUUGGACUACAUCUACUUCAACCUCGCCAAGCUGAGCGACUACUACAAGGUCUGGAACCAAACCUUCCCCGCCGUCUCUGGCAAUGUCUUCGAGUCUCGUCUCGUUAUCGGCGACACGGUGCCCGCGUCGGCCGCGCCUAUGGCCCUGACGCCGCCCACCAAGAAUAAGGAGCCCGUGCACGGCGACCUCGUUUACGUCAAGAACGAUGGCUGUGAUGCCUCCGAUUACCCUUCUGAAGUGAGCGGCAACAUCGCCUUCAUCCGCCGUGGCACCUGCGCAUUCGGCGCCAAGAGCGAGCAGGCUGGCAAGGCCGGCGCCAUCGCUGCCGUUGUCUACAACUACGAGAGCGAGACCGUCCACGGCACUCUCGGCACCCCUUCUCCCAACCACGUCGCCACCUUUGGUCUCGGCGGCGACGAUGCCAAGCCUAUUCUUGAGAAGCUCCACAAGGGCGACUCUGUCGACGCCAUCGCCUACAUUGAUGCCGUCGUCAACACGAUCCAGACGACCAACAUUCUUGCCCAGACGCUCGAGGGCGACCAGGACAACUGUGUCAUGCUCGGCGGCCACAGCGAUAGCGUUGCCGAGGGCCCGGGCAUCAACGAUGACGGCUCCGGCAGCUUGAGUCUCCUGGAGAUUGCUACUCAGCUCACCAAGUUCAGCGUCAACAACUGCGUUCGUUUCGCCUGGUGGGCUGGCGAAGAGGAAGGGCUUCUGGGCUCCGACUACUACGUCUCGGUUCUGUCUCCCGAGGAGAACCAGAAGAUCCGUCUCUUUAUGGAUUAUGACAUGCUCGGCAGCCCCAACUACGCCUACCAGAUCUACAAUGCGACCAACGCUGUCAACCCCACCGGCUCCGAGGAGCUGCGCGACUUGUACGUUGACUGGUACAAGGCCCACGACCUCCCCUACACCUUUAUUCCAUUUGACGGCCGUAGCGACUACGACGCUUUCAUCCGCAAUGGCAUCCCCGGUGGCGGAAUUGCUACUGGCGCAGAGGGCGUCAAGACCAAGGAGGAGGCCAAGCUGUUCGGCGGCAAGGCCGGCGACUGGUAUGACCCGUGCUACCACCAGCUCUGUGACGAUGUUAGCAACGUCAACCUGACCGCCUGGGAGAUUAACACCAAGCUGGUCUCCCAUUCCGUCGCCACCUAUGCCAUGUCAUUCAAGGGCUUCCCUGAGCGCACCAAGGCGUCUGCUGCUUCCACCUAUGCACAGGACGUCAAGUACCAUGGCAGCAAGCUUUUCAUCUAGGCCGCCGCUAGUUUCCGAUCCUUCUCGAAUACAUAACGGAGGCGUGUAUAGUACAUCGAAGUUGAACGGCGUGAAUGCAUGAGGGUUUGAUGGUGUUGAUAACAGAGCGGACUUGUAGGGUACACGGCGCGCAAACAAUUGGACAUAUGAUUUAGAGAUAGCAUCAAGUUGACAUAUUUAAGAGGUAGCACCUAAUUGAUAGAUUGCGUGCUCAACAA